GUGUGUGAGAGAGAGUGUGAGUGUGAGAGAGGGGGAGGGACUGUGGUGUGUGUGUGUGUGUGUGUGUGUGUUGGAGGAGCGACACGGUGAGUUUAAGCCUCACAGUCACACCGUUUCUGCGCGCGACUCCGCCGUCAUGUGGGCCGCAGUAACUCAGAGAUCUGAAGCGCUUCUGAAGGAGAAGAACCUGCUGACCGACUGUUUAAACGAACUGGAGAAACGCACCGGUGUUCACAAACACUACAUCGCCUCAGGUACACUGUGCAUCACCGUGUUGUACCUGUUAUUCGGUUACGGUGCGUCUCUCCUUUGCAACCUGAUUGGAUUUGUCUACCCGGCCUACGCUUCUGUGAAAGCGAUUGAGAGCAGGAAUAAAGAGGAUGACACACAGUGGCUGACGUACUGGGUGGUGUACGGUCUCUUCAGCGUGGCUGAGUUUUUUUCUGACAUUUUCCUCUUCUGGUUUCCCUUUUAUUAUGCUGGAAAGUGUGUGUUCCUCUUAUGGUGCAUGGCCCCUUUGUCCUGGAACGGUUCUCAGCUGAUCUACACUCGGGUGGUUCGUCCGUUCUUCCUGCAGCACGAGGCGGCGUUCGACAGCGUGGUGAAGGACCUGAGUGGGAAAGCCAAGAGUGCAGCACAUUCUGCUGCUAAAGAGGGUUUUACUCUGCUGUCCAGCGAUAAGGACAAAUGAAGAAAAGCACAUUAACAUUCACCACAGUGCCUUUAAUCAGUCCACUACAUUUCAUCAUCUUCAUCCUCCUCCUCAUCCUCAUGCCCAGUGAUGGAGCUCCAGCUGUAUCAUUACCACUGUUACUCAUGUGAACUCAUAACAUCAGUGUGUUUCUGUUCCUCAGUUUUAAUACAUUGCAUAAUAAUAAACUUCAACUAAAUCUGC